AGCCUCUCUUACACACCUAACAUCUCUAGGGUUUGUGUCAAUGGCGGACGAAACUCACUAUUCAUCUCCCAAAGACUCUGCGCCCCUCAAACGCAAGUACGAAGACCAAUCCUCCGACAGGCCCACUGGCUUCUCGGCAGGUCCCGCCACCGGCAUCGAGCUCGCCAAGCAGCGUGCUCAAGAAGUUGCCGCCCGCCUCCUCAGCGUUGCUCCUCCUCCCCCGCUCGACGCCAAGCGUCCCAAAUCCGAUAACGGUGCUCCUACCUCCGGCUUCGAUUCUUAUGAUGCGAAGCCUCAGUACUCUGCUGUUCCUCCAGUCUCCUACAGUCACCAAGGAACGAGCAAGAAGAUUGAUAUCCCUAACGGCCGGGUUGGUGUGAUUAUUGGCAAAAGUGGAGAGACCAUUAAAUAUCUUCAGUUGCAGUCUGGUGCCAAAAUUCAAGUUACUCGCGAUAUGGACGCCGACCCUAAUUCUGCUACCAGGACCGUUGAGCUUAUGGGCACUCCCGAGGCAAUUGCCUCUGCAGAGAAACUCAUUAAUGAAGUUCUUGCCGAGGCUGAAUCUGGAGGCUCUGGCAUUGUUGCUCGAAGACUAACCGGACAAGCUGGGUCAGAUGAAUUUGUUAUGAGAAUCCCAAAUAAUAAGGUUGGCCUUAUUAUUGGAAAAGGUGGAGAAACCAUAAAGAAUAUGCAAGCUUCUACUGGCGCACGGAUUCAGGUCAUACCUCUGCAUCUUCCUCCGGGUGACACAUCAACUGAAAGAACUUUAAAGAUUGAUGGGACACCUGAGCAAAUUGAGUCUGCAAAGGAGUUGGUUAAUCAAAUCAUCAGCGGCGAGAAUCGACUUAGAAAUCCUUCAAUGUCUGGUGGGUAUCCUCAGCAAGGCUACCAAUCUCGACCACCCUCUAACUGGGGUCCCCCCGCACCAAUGCAGCAACCUGGUUAUGGCUAUGUUCAACCUGGAGCAUAUUCUGGUCCAUCACCUCAAUAUAACAUGCCUCAGCCACCAUAUUCAGGCUAUCCUCCCCAACAACCAGGUGGAUAUUCCACCAAUUGGGACCAGUCUUCUGCACCACCUCACCAACAGUCUACUCAUGCUGGUGGCUAUGAUUACUAUAGUCAACAACCACAACCGCAAAAUCCUGGAGGUCCUGCACCUCCAGCUGACGGCUCUGCAUACAAUUAUAGUCAACCACCUUCAUCUGCUUAUAGCCAACCGGGACAGGGUUAUGCUCAGGACAGCUAUAAUGCAUAUAAUGCACAAUCUCAUUCGGGGUAUGGACAACCACCAACGUAUGAUCAGCAACAAGGCUAUGGCUCCGUUACUGGCUAUGGUAGUGGGAAUAACCAAGCACAAGAGGGCCACACUUCGGGCUAUGCAUCGCAGGGAGAUUCAGCCCCAGCUCCAUCAACCCAACCGACCACCAUUGCACAGCAAGGUUAUCCUACCAGCCAACAGCCCAGCUCAAACACUUCCAACUACCCACCUCAGGGAACUCCUCAGUCGGGUUAUGGCGUCCCCCCUACAUCCCAAGCUGCUUAUGGAAGUCAACCACAACCAGGUUAUGGUCCUGGUUAUGGAGCCCCUCAAUCUCAGAAACCAAGUGGCAAUCCUUCUGUUUAUGGACAGUCGCAGUCACCUAGUGCAGUAGGAGGCUAUGGUCAGUCAGCAUAUCCUGCGCAGCCUCCACCUUCUGGUUAUACUCAACCCCAAGCAGAAACUGGUGCUCAGAGAGCACCUCCGUCGGGCUAUGGUGCAGGGCAACCAGGUUAUGGUUCUCAAGCAUAUGGUGCACCUCAGGGAGGCCAGCCUGCUUAUGGACAGGCGCCGCCUCCAUACACCAACAGUUCUUAUGGUGCUGGUUAUACUCAGGCUCCGGCCUAUACUGGCGAUGGUAAUGGCAGUGGGAAUACUCAGCCUCCCCAAACAACUGCUGCUAAAACUUCGCCCCAGACUUGAUAUUUUCCCCCCUCCCUCUUUUUCAUGGACUUCUUUUUAGUCGUGUUUUGUAGUUGUUUAUUCUACUAGCGAUACCCACCUAUGUAGCGUUGCAAUGUUUAGAUGUAAGGGUUCGUGUACUGAAAUUUCCUACAUGUUGAAUAUUUUUGUAUGGUUAAAUUGGAUCUCAUGGUGAUGGCAUUUGAAAAAAAUGGGGAACUUAAUUUAAGUUGCCAAACUAUGUGUCGAUUUUCAUCUAA